UUAAAAAAAUAAAAAAAAUUUCAUUAUGAUAAAUAUACCUUAAGUAACGCGCAUACAACUUAUUUAUGGAUAAACGUGAAAUUUUAAGUAUACAUGUUGGCCAGGCGGGAUUACAAAUUGGUUUAGCUUGCUGGGAAUUAUUUUGUUUGGAACAUGGAAUUAAACCAGAUGGACAACAAGGUCCAAUUCGUAAACUUUUUAGUCAAAAUUCGUUUCCAUUUUUCGAAGAAACCGGGGCUGGUCAAUAUGUACCCAGAGCAUUGUUAAUUGAUUUAGAGCCAUCCGUUAUUGAAGAAAUACAAAUGGGUCAUACUCGUCGAUUAUUCUCGAAAAAACAUGCUUUGGCUAUAGGUAAAGAAGAUGCUGCGAGUAAUUUUGCACGAGGACGAUUUACUGUUGGACAUGCAGCAAUGAAUGUUAUUAAAAAUAAUAUACGGAAAAUGUUAGAAGUGUAUGAGAAUUGUCAAGCUUUUAUUAUCUACAACAGUUGCAAUGGCGGAACAGGUUCAGGUUUGAUGACAUUAAUAUUGGAUUAUUUAUAUAGCGAAUUUUGUAAAAAGACACGAAUAGCAUUUGAAAUAAAUCCCUCGGAACAUUUAUCAAGUAUCAUGGUCGAACCAUACAACGCCUUGUUAACAACACAUCAUACAAUGGAUUGUCUUGAUUGUUGCAUCAUGAUGGACAAUGAGGCACUGUAUAAUAUUUGCCAACGAAAACUAUAUAUUACAAAUGCGCGUUAUCAAAAUAUAAAUCGUUUAAUUGCACAAGCUGUUUCAGCGAUAACAGCCUCAAUUCGUUUUGAAGGUUUAUUAAAAAUUAAAUUAGAUGAAUUUCAAACAAAUUUGGUACCAUUUCCACGAUUACAUUUUCCAGCCAUCUCAUAUUCACCAUUAAUGACAUGGGAAAAAUAUCCGUACGAUAGAAAUCGACUUGAUGAACUCACUUUGCAAUGUUUUGAUAGACGUCAUCAAUUUAUACAACAUAAACCGUGGAAAGGCAAAUUUAUGGCAUGUUGUUUAUUGUAUCGUGGUGAUUGUACGAUACCAGAUAUUAAUAAUACAGUGAAUCGUUUAAAAGUAACACGUAAUAUACAUUUUGCGAAUUGGUGUCAAAUGGGCUUUAAAGUUGGCUACAAUUGUAGUCCACCGCAUUGUAUUGAAAGCGGUGAUUUGGCACAUAUUACUAAAUCAUGUUGUGCGGUUUCAAAUACGACAAGUAUUUCAAGUGUUUGGAAGAAUAUACAAAAAAAUUUUGAUAAAAUGUUCGAACGUCGUGCGUUUUUACAUUGGUAUUUUGCGGAAGGGAUGGAGUAUUAUAAUUUUUUGGAUGCCAGAGAGAAUAUGAGCUAUUUACUUUUGGAUUACGAAGAAGCUUAUUAGAUUAAUUGUAUAAAUACUUUUUUAUGUUUU